UCCCGUGCGUGCCUUCGGACCUGUAGAGGAGCCGCUGGUGGUGUCUGUGCCGGAGCUUCGCCAGGGUGGCACCGCCCAGCUGGGAGCGGGGCAGCAUGGACGCUAUCAGCCAAUGCCCUGCAGAAGCUGUGCUUCCCAAGCGCAUCUUGGAUAUCUGGGUCAUUGUCCUCAUCAUCUUGGCCACCACUGUCAUCAUGACGUCCUUGUUGUGCCCAGCCACUGCAGUCAUCAUCUAUCGCAUGCGGACUCAUCCGGUCCUCAGUGGGGCCUCUGAGAACCAUCCAAGAGGUCAGGCUGGGGAUGAGGCCGCAGGUCCCUUCUCCCAGCCUGUUCUCAGAAACAGUGGGAUGGAGCUUCAAUUAGACCUGUGUUCUGAUUUUGAUUCUGCAGCUGGCCAACUGUGUGAAUUUGGUCAAGCGACCUAA